AUGCGGUCCUUUUUGAGUGUGCUUUACACGGUGUUGUUACUGGGUGUGAUCGCCUCGGCUUGGCCGUGGGAUGGGCUGCUGGCCGAGCGGGGUGACACCCUGGGUAGGCGAGCAGAUUCGACCACCACCGACGCUGCGACCACCGGUUCGGGCACUACCGAUACUGCAACCGCAGCCUCCACCUCGUCUGACUCUUCCGCCUCCGAAACCUCCACUGGAACCAACACAAACACCAACACCAACACCGAUGCUACCACAACGGGGACUGGAACUUCAACUGGUACGGGUACCAGCACUGGCACCAACACGAAGAGCAAUACCAAGACCAAGACUACCGCCACCUCUUCGAUCUCAAUUGAUCCUGCUGCGGGUGCUGGAGGUAUCUCGAUGAUCACCCCGGCCGCUACAUCCACCACCUACUUCAAGGUCGGGUACAACGCAACCUUUGUGUGGAACUAUACCUCGCUCUCGGUCACUCCUUCUGCCGUCGAUGUCGUGGCCUCUUGCAGCUUGAACAGUCAGACCUACACCCUCACCCAGAACAUGACUGUGGACCCCACCGGUACCUUUGUUUGGGACACGAACAAUUAUCAGGCGUCCCAGACGAUCUCCCUGUUGACUGCGACCUACACUCUGUUUGUGUUUGAUGCAGACAAGUCUCUCGAUGACACUGCCGAGCCGGGCUACCUGAGUGGAUCGAUUGGGUACAGCUUCGGAAUGUACCGCAGGGAGUCCUACACUCCGCUGAAUGAAUUCAAAUGUGCUACCUGCAGCGGCGCCAUCUCCGACAUCCAACGUCAAGGUCUGAAAUUCGCCGUGGGCAUGGCCCUCAUCACCAUCCUCUCCUUCACCUGGUUCGUCGGCGGGGCUGGUCUUCUCUAUACUUGA